AUGGCGCCCUUCAUUCCCGAGCGAGCGGACGUUUACAGCGUUCGCGCUAUCCUGGCACACUGCAAACUCCCCAACGAACUUAUCCUUACAAUCCUCGACCAUGCUCGCUAUUGGGUCGAGCGCGUGGAAAGCCGCGUCGGGUACAAGAUGCUCUUUGAUGAAGAGUUUACCCGGAGUUACAAUGCGGCGGUUUCUUAUCUCGCGGCAAACGCGAUUCCCCCAGGAGAUCCUACCGACGCAGAAACACCGAAGCUCAAAGAGGUAGAAUUUCUCGUGGUGAGCCACGAUCAAGCGUGGACGACGGAAAACACCAAAGGCACAUUCCAAACAUCCUCUUGGUUCGAAGUCUCCAUUGUUCGACCACUUGACCCUGCCCCGCUUCAUAGAGGCGAUACGGAUGUGUUUCGCUCCCAUAGCUUUUUAGAGGAUCAGAACGGCCUUGGUCAGAGUAUCGACAAAGUCUUGGAAGAUGUCUUGCAAUCAAGAAGAAUGCAGCUUGUUCCCCGUCCAUCUUCAGCCCAGGAACAGCAGCGACUACAUUGCCCGGAAAUGAUCUACACUACAGGCUCCAAGCCAGAACCUCCAACUGAACAGGAGGUUCAGGUUGCACGAGAAGGCGAAUACGCAUGGUAUCUUCAGGGUAACGAGGUCGGAAGAGGGACAUCUCUUUUCGAUGGUGAAAUGAUCCGUCGAUACACCAUUGUUUGGAGCAGUGAUUCGAAUCCCAGAUGGGUUGGCAACGAUGGCAGUGGGCAAGGCAAAGGUUUUGUUGAUGCUUUACGAGAAGGAGACUGUAUUCUUGUGUGGGCGAGGGCAAAACGUCGAGGGUGGGAGAACCACGUACACGGACUCCGUAUCACUACUCGCACAAUCAUAUGA